AUGCUAGGGUUGGCGGGUCGGUUUUUGGUGCUCGCCCUCUUGGCGGCCGCUUGUGGCGCCUCGAUUGCCAAUUUACCUGCCGCAUGUGACUUGGAUGCUGUUGACGCUGCGGUGGUGCACGCGCAAGCGGCAUGUGGAGUCUCGUCCCUCGAGCGUCUUGUACCCCCGGAUAAUAAUAACGAAACCGCCGACAACGAGCAGUGCAAUGCUCCGCGCCAACAAUGCGUUGAGCUCUUGCAGGAUUGGAAGCAAUGGGAACUGACCGGCGGCUCAACCUGCCUGACGGAGCCCGCCUCUAUGAUGUCCUCGUCCUACCUCGAGCUCACUUGUGCAGCAUCCUGCCAAGAGGAGCGAGCUCGGCGCUUGGCCGCCAUGGCGGCCGAAGGCUGUCGCAUUUGGCCCAUUUACCAACACCUCGAGUACUCCAGUGCUUUGACAUGUUUACAGGUGCAAUUGCUUGCUCCAAAAGCGAUGGCCUGCUAUUCAAUUUCUCUCUCUCCCUUCGCGCGCGCUCUCUCCCUCCCUCCCUCUCUCUCUCUCUCUCUCUCUCUCUCUCUCUCUCUCUCUCUUUCUUCCAUUUUGCGCAACGAUGAAAUGCUCACGCCUGUCCCUUCCUUGCUUUUAUCCAUCAACACCGACCACGCCUUUGUCUGCAUUCGCUCGCGGGACAGAUAUUGCUCCUCUGACUUGACGUCAGCUCGGUCCCACGGGGCCGAAAGCACGGCUGCAGCCCUAAUGACACAUCCAGAAUUGGAUGCUGCCAACGUGGGUCUCAACCAUGAGUUGGAGCAAGCCGGCAAUGUGCAGCACAGCUUCAACCCACGGUGGAGCGGUACUAUCUCGAGCCUGUGGAACCUUCAGGAUCUUGUGCGCCAACGGAUGUGGAUGGAAGCUGUGCCAAGCCGUUCCUAUCCAACAGUUGCUGUGGCAUUCAAGGCUCGCCGUGUGGUGCAGAACUUUACGAUGCGUGCCUCGACUUUUCCCCUGGCCAGAGGUAUGUUGGACAAGUCCAAACGAUUCCAUUUGGAUGUUUUACUUUUGCGCGCGCGAACGCACGCUCUCUCUCCCUCCCUCUCUCUCUCUCUCUCUCUCUCUCUCUCUCUCUCCUUGCCUUUUCCAAUGAUAUUCUCGUUGUCACGAAUGCUGUGGUCACACACGGCGCCCCUGUACCUGGCGCGCUGCGAUCCGGUGAGGCCCUUGAAAACUCCACAGCUUACUCUCUCGCGUACAACGAGUUGA